AUGAACGUUGAAGAUGGCAGAGCCGAUGUGAAAAAAGAAAUGGUUGACGAUGCUCAUCGCAAUGACAUGGUUGGUGAUGUUGAACGUGCUAUUUUGGAACAGAAAUUUGAUUCGAUCGAAGAUAGAGAAGAUUUCUACAAUGCGUAUGCUAAAGUCAAUGGAUUUAGUAUACGAAAAUCCAGAUUUAACACAAAUAAAGAGGGAAAGGUCGUUAGUAGGCUGUGGUUGUGUUCAAGGGAAGGUCAGAGAUUACCAAAAUACUUGGACCGUGUUGCUGAGAAGAGUAGAGCUCCCAAGGCACUAACAAGAGUAGGUUGCAAAGCCCAAUUUCGCAUACGGUACGAUGCGGAUGCUGGUGAAGAGGGAAAGUAUGUUGUGACUCACUUCAUCGCAGACCACAACCAUGAAUUUGCGGAACAACACUGUGUGAUGUAUCUGAGGUCACAUUGCAAUUUAAACAGCGCUGACAAAGCUCAAGCAAUGGCUAUGCGCAAUGUCGGUGUGAAGACUAGUCAAAUCAUGGACUAUAUGGUAAAUCAGUCCGGGUCUUAUGAGAAUGUUGGUUUCAUCCGUACGGAUCUGCACAACCAUAUUCAAGCCGAACGUAGAGCAGAAGUUGAGGAUGAUUCGAAAUCGCGGGCCGACUACGCAAAGUUUGGUGAUGUGUUGAUAUUUGACUCAACUUACAGAACCAAUGCAUACAAGAAACCCUUUGUCAUGUUGGCUGCUAAUAAGACAAUUGAGACAUACACAUGGGUUUUGGAAACAUUUAUGGAGGCGAUGGGCAAUAAAGCACCUGUGUCCGUACUGACAGAUGGGGAUAAGGCGAUGCGAGAGGCAAUCAGAAGAGUAUUUCCAGACACAAGACAUCGAUUAUGUAAUUGGCAUCUUGGGAAAAAUGUUGUUUCAAAUGUUUACAUAAGUGGCUUUGCACAUGCUUUCAAGCAAUACAUGGACAUGGAAAUGGAUGAGACAAAGUUUGAGCAUGGCUGA